GGGUCAUUUCACGGCCCUGAAAAGUGACUUUUCCGCCGGAGCAACCUCCCAACCCUUACCCAUGACCACCCCCAUUGGUCCCCGUCGCCGCCGUACCCAAAAGUCUUCAAGCAACCUCAAGAUCACAAUCCUCUGCGGCAUUGUCACCAUCCUCGUCCUUCGCGGCACUAUUGGCGUCAACCGAUUACCUGACCCGAACGAUCAUCGUCAGCAAGAGCUUCUAAAGGAGGCAAAUCGUAUUGUCGCCGAAAUCCGAUCCGGCGCCGAUCUAGACGACGAACCCUCGCGGAUUUCCAAUACGACAUACUCUCUAGGACCUAAAAUCAGCAAUUGGGAUAAAGAUCGCGAAAUCUGGCUUAAUCAGAAUCCUAAUUUCCCUAAUUAUGUAAAUGGGAAACCUCGUAUUUUACUUGUAACAGGAUCACAGCCAAGCCCGUGCAAGAACCCAAUUGGGGAUCAUUAUCUAUUGAAAUCGAUUAAGAACAAAAUUGAUUAUUGUCGGAUUCACGGAAUGGAAAUAGUUUACAAUUUGGCACAUUUAGACACAGAGCUUUCUGGGUAUUGGGCAAAGCUUCCAUUGCUCAGGAGCUUACUCCUUGCUCAUCCGGAAGUUGAAUGGCUAUGGUGGAUGGACAGUGAUGCUUUGUUUACAGACAUGAUAUUCGAAAUCCCUGUUUCUAAGUAUGAAAAUCACAAUCUAGUCAUUCAUGGGUAUCCUAACCUAUUGUUUAAUGAGAAAUCAUGGGUUGCUUUAAACACAGGUAGUUUCUUAAUGAGGAACUGUCAAUGGUCAUUAGAUUUGCUUGAUGCUUGGGCACCAAUGGGUCCAAAGGGUAAGAUUAGAGAAGAAGCAGGGAAGAUUUUGACAGAGAAUCUCAAGGGUAGACCGUUAUUUGAGGCUGAUGAUCAAUCUGCAUUGAUAUACUUGUUAAUCAAAGAGAAAGAAGAUAAGUGGAUUAUGAAGAAGGUGUUCAUUGAGAAUUCUUAUUACUUGCAUGGAUAUUGGGAAGGGAUAGUUGAUAGGUAUGAGGAGAUGAUUGAGAAAAACAGGGCGGGAUUUGGGGACGAGAGAUGGCCAUUUGUGACACACUUUGUGGGUUGUAAACCUUGUGGAAGUUAUGGAGAUUACUCUGUUGAGAGAUGCUUGAAAGGGAUGGAAAGAGCUUUCAAUUUUGCAGAUAAUCAGGUGCUUAAUUUAUAUGGUUAUGGACAUAGAGGGUUGUUGAGUUCUAAGAUCAAGAGGAUAAGGAAUGAUACUUCUUCUAACUAGGGCUUUGGAGUUUGAUGUUAGAAAUUCAAUUCUUGGAGGGAA